AUGCCCGCCAGCGACACCCACACGGCCACGCAAGAGGCCAAGACUGGCCAUGCACCUCCAUCCCGAUCCUCCACCAGCUAUCGUGACUUCGCGCUAGGCCCAUUCGCCCUGCUGCUGGCCUUCCGCAUCGUCAACGCUUUGACGCUGCGCACCUUCUUCCAGCCCGACGAGUUCUUCCAAUCCCUUGAGCCAGCAUGGCAGCUUGCCUUUGGCCAGCCCGCCCGCGCCUGGAUUACCUGGGAGUGGACCGCCCAGCUGCGGUCGUCCUUGCAUCCCGAGCUGUUCGCCGUCGUCUACAAGGUGGCGGCAGAGCUGGCUGAACUCUGUGGCUUGGGCCCUCCUGCAAAAGCCGAGCUGCUCCUGGCUGCGCCGAAACUUACCCAAGCGGUAUUUGCGGCACUGCUAGAUUGCUACACCUGGAAGAUUGCUGAGAAAGCCUACGGUCGUGGUUGUCGCACUGCAUAUACUACUCUUGCAUUGUCCGUAUGCAGUCCCUGGCAGUGGUUUUGCUCGACCAGGACCUUGUCCAACUGUCUUGAGACGUCCAUCACAGCUGUUGCAGUUUAUUACUGGCCUUGGCACGCGCCGGGGCCUGCAUCGCAUGAUAAGAAGCAACCCCAAAUUGCCGGCCAAGACUCGCCCCUACACUCCAGCGCUCAGCUGCGUCUGUCGCUGCUACUAGCAGCCUUCGCCUGCAUUCUACGCCCAACCAAUGCCCUCGUAUGGAUCGUUCUAUUGCUCCCAACAUGGUGGCACGCCUCAACCCGGCAGCGAUAUAUUCUGAUCCGUGAAAUUUCGCUCUGCGGUGUUGUCACCAUCGCCUGUUCUGUCCUUUCCGACAGGUUCUACUACCAGGCAUGGACCUUCCCGCCCCUACGGUUCCUCUACUUCAACAUCGUCCAGUCAUUGGCCGUCUUCUAUGGUAAAAACCGCCCCGACUACUACCUGACCGAAGGGCUGCCCCUUCUGCUCACGACGGCCUUGCCCUUUGCCCUCGUCGGGCUCUGGCACGGCCUAUCUGGGAAGCUGUCACCUCACUCCGGACACACCCGGGACGCUGAAGCCCAAACGCUGCUCUCCCGACUGGCGUGGAUAUCGCUACUCGUUACCGCUUUCCUGAGCCUGAUCGCCCAUAAAGAAGUCCGCUUCCUAUACCCUAUCCUGCCCUUCCUACACGUGCUCGCCGCCAAGCCCCUCGACACCUUCUUCCCUUCCCACACGUCGAUCCCCCGCAAAGCCCUUCUUGUCUUUCUCCUCACUACCAAUCUCCUCAUCGCCGGGUACGCCAGCCAGGUCCACCAGCGCGGCGUCAUCGACGUCCUCGCCCACCUCCGUCAUGAACAUGAAGCACGCAAUUACCCUGCAUCCGGUACCGGUGCCGUAACGCGCCCAACCAAUUCCACUACUGCCUUUCUCAUGCCCUGUCACUCCACGCCCUGGCGCAGCCACCUCGUCCAUGCCUCCCUCUCCGCCUGGGCCCUGACCUGCGAGCCCCCACUCUCGAUCCCGCCUUCGGACCGAGCCGCGUACCUUGACGAGGCGGACCAGUUCUUCGUCUCCCCCGGACCCGCUGGUUGGCUGGCGGAGCACAUGGAAUACGUCGACACGGUGAGGGCGAGCGGCAGCCGGUCGAGCCGCCACUGGGGCCGCGUCGACCCCAACGUGCAGCGCGCGAACAGACGAAGCUGGCCGCAGCACCUGGUUUUCUUCGCGCAGCUGGAGCCUGUGCUCAAGGAGUACUUGAAGGAGAGCAGGUACAGGGAGUGUUGGCGGGGAUUCAAUUCGCACUGGCACGAUGAUUGGCGUAGGCGGGGGGAUGUGUUGGUAUGGUGCUUGGACUGAGGGACGCAGGCGGGACGGCGGAGAGAUCUGUGCCUCGCAUGGCGCGGAGCCGGGGGCGGAGCCGCGGCCGCGGCCGCUGCUGCGUGGUGUGCUGGAUGUAUCUAUGUAAUUACCGUAUGUAUUUUGUGUGUCGUUGGUUGGCA